AAAAGAAGAAGAAAAAAAAAAGACUUUGAGAGAGAUCUGAGGAAGAGAUCUAGAUUGAGGUGUGCAGAUCAUAUGAUGGUGCAGCAGGAGAUCUGGGGAGAAGAUCUAGAUCAGAUGAUGGUGCAUGCAAUAGGUCGUGUGAGAAAAAAAGGAGGGCAUGAGAGGAUGUGCGGGAGAACUGCAAAAGCACAUUCAUGGAUCGGAGAUGGUUGAGAAGGUUGGGGAGGAGAGGCACAUGUGCAAUUCAAAUGAUGGAGCAGCAGGUCACACGCAUCAAAAGAAAGCUAAGGAAGGCAUGAGAUCUACAGAAAGGCAUAGAGAUGGCUGAGUGGGGUAGUUGGUAUAUAAAGAACUUUUAGCAAUAUAGAAUUAUGUUGCUG